GACACAGACUACUGUCAACAUGUCCCAAAUGUGUCUGGCUGAUUUCUGCAUCCCCCUUUGGCGCCCGAAGUUUUCCGUGGAUUGGAACGGAGUUUGAUAAUGAAACAUUAUAAUGCUACAUUUUGACUGCCUUAUUCCCCUAUCCUACUCCUAACUAUGCCCAGAACACGAUCACAACCCAAAGAGACAUUUCCUCUCGGUCCUUUCACUGUCUCUCGAGUAUGGGUAGGUCUUUGGCAGUUGUCAAGUAACGCUUGGGGAAGCGCUUCGGCAGCAAAAAUUCGUCAAGCAAUGGCUAGACACAACGAAAUGGGUUACAAUGCUUUUGGUGAGUCACAAAUAUCAAGCCAUGUGUAUCUCCCUGCAAUCGUGAACGCCAUUUUUGGUAGAUAUGGGUAUGUUUGAAUCUGCACUGGAUUUUCCAUGAGCUGAGGAAAAUAUUGCAGCCGACCAUUAUGGAAGUGCGGAAAUACUCUAUGGGCAAUUUAAAGAAUCACUACCCAGCCAGGCAGAAGUUGUCGGGGCCACAAAAUGGUGUGUAUUCCGGCAAACAGAAUUGUCGCGUUCUGUGGUGGAGAACGCGGUUCGGGAGCGUAUGACACGCAUGCGCACGACCACUGUGGACUUGUUGCAG